AUGGCUUCACUUUUUCAGCACUUGCGGAUCCUGCUGUGGAAGAACUGGCUGAGCAUCAAGAGGCAGCCUCUUUGGUCGUUCACCUUAAUUUCCUGGCCUUUGAUUGUUUUUAUAAUCCUGGCUAUCGUCCGAAUCAAAUUCCCUCCAGAACCACAACCAAACUGUUAUCUAGCUCCUCGGAACCUCCCCAGUGCUGGUUUCUUCCCAUUCCUACAAACCGUGCUUUGUGAUUCAGACGCCAAGUGCAAGGACACACCGUACACACCAGAAGAUCUGUUACCAAGACUUCCUGGCAACUCCCCUCUCAGACGAAAGCAGAAAAGGUCACCUAACCUGGGGAAGACCAUCCAUCCAUCACUGCAGAGUGCUGAGGUUCCAAAAAGCAGGAACGCUUCACUGGCGUUCUCAGAUUCAACAGCUAACCUGAAAAGCACCUUGGAGGAUAUUUCAUCACCAUACAACUUGACUUCCAGAAUAAACAUGCUCAACAAAAUUCUAAGUUUGGGGAAGGCACAGACGCAGGAGUCAUCUGCGGCGAACCUCAGAAUUGUUAUCUGUGAGAUCAUGUCACCAUAUAUACCCUCUUCCAAUCUCCCUUGGGAAAGCAUGGGAGCUAACGUUCACAGGACGUUUUGUUUUACCAACUCGUCUCUUUUAGAAUCAUUUUUCCAAGCAUUCCGAAGUCAGAUAUCUCAGUUGCAGCAGGACCCUCAGUACCAGGUGACAUUUGUCAAAGAAACCGUCUCGUUCCUGUCACUCAUUUCACGAGUGCAGAAUGAAACCUCUCUGUGGCAUUUCCUCUUGAUGGUCCCCGAUGUGGUCCAGGGCAGUCUGAGAAUGAAGGAUAUAUUGGGUUUUCUUCAGAACGCAAGCAGUGUUCAGAUGGCAUCUCAACAGGUUUCUCCUCCAGUCAUGAGUAAUGAUGGAAUCAAAACUAUCCACAACAGGGUUUUGCGUCUUUUGUAUUCCCUGAACUGUUCAGAACAAGGCAAAAAUAACAGUUCAACAGUGGCUGAUAUUUGCAAUCUUUCCAUUAACUGGAAAGACAACCGAAGCUCGGUAUCUCAGAUGGAAGAAGUUUGGAGAAAAAUCAAAUUACCAGAGUUUGAUGGAGAAGACUUCAGAAGAGCUAUUUUCUCAAAGGAUUUAGAAACCGUACAAAAGUCCCUAUAUCUUCUAAAGGGCUUCCAACAAUAUUUGAAUAGAAACAAAUCAGAAAACUUAAAUCCAUUCACAGAAUCUAUUGGGAAUGAAACCAUUCAGCGACUGUAUGAAAUUCUGAAGUUGGGAAUGAAUAUUCUUUAUGACUAUAAAUUAAGGAAACCAUUAAGUAAAGAAACAAUUGAUGAAGUCUAUAACUUCACAUCUCCUCUACUUCAGAAUGACUUUAAUGGGACUUCUAUUUUCAAUACAGCAGCCCACUGGAAAGAAAUUCAAAGUGCUUUUAAAUUAGCUACAGUGAUUUGGGAUCUAGCAUUUUUAAAUAAGACUAAUUUUAAUACAGUGAAGACAUGGGAUAUUAUCAAAAUGAAGAUAUCUCAUAGGAUUUCAUCAUUCCUUGCAGACGUUAAAAACUAUCUCUAUGCAAUGCAAGAAAUCCCAUCUUUGUUUUCAGAUUCUCUUCUUAAACCUAAUAUCAAUGAAGUCUUUCAAAAGGAGCUCUUUAAUUUCCAGAAAAUCCUUGCUCGUGUGAUGCAUGUGAAUAUGAUGAGUCAGUACUAUCUAUUGAGAAACGUGUUUGAACUUAUGGAGACAAUCCAAAAUUCCACUGAUGAAGAUCUGUGGAAGGAGCUGAAUGCCAAUUGGCGUACUGUUGAAAAACUAAGGUCUGCAAAAUGGAACAACACUGACAUCAUUGCAUAUCAGCAGUUUUUAGAUAUAUUGCACAACUGUUUAUACACAUUGAAUAAUGGUUCAGAUGUUCUUUUCAAUAAAGAAUUGGAACAACUGAUGGAAUUUGCUACCUGCAUGUUACGAGAGUAUGGUGGAGAAGCCUCCAGAAUGGCCAAUAUCUCAAUGACCAUAGAAGCCAUACAAAAAACCCUGGACAUAUUAAAAGAGUUGCAGAAAAAAAUUAAUAUUAAUACAUUAGAAACUAUUGAUCUAGUCUUUAAUUUUGACAAUAAAAACACUGGUAGAUUGUUGGAAAUAUUGAGGGUAGGAAGGAAAAUCCUUUAUGACAACAGAUUGGGCGAAGCAUCCGACAAAGAAAAAAUUGAUGCUGUCUAUAAUUUCUCGCAUCUGCUACUUCAAAAAGAGUUUAACAAGACUUUCUUACAGCACAAUACUUCACUGGAAACAAAAGUGUUGGAUCUCUUGCAUUUAGUCUUGAGUCCCUUCCUCAUGGAAAAUAACAAUCGUAAUGAAAAGCCACAGAAUUGCUCCGUCCAAGACAUUCUUCACAUAAUUCUUCAGAUGUUGCUUAAAAAUAUCACACUAAGUGAGUCCUUACCAGGAAGCCAUUGCAAAUUCCUGUUUACUUCCAUGGACAUUCAGACCAGAACAAUGGAAAAUCAAACAUUUACUGAAUUGUUUCAGCUUGCAAUAAGAAACCUAGAGCAGACUCCGGAAUUUGCUAGCAUCUUCAAGAACAAUAGUGAAUAUUCUUCAAGGGAGCUGUCGUGUAUCAUCCAGUCAUUACAAUUUUCUUCUAGUUUUCUUUCAAACUUAAAUGCUGUCUCUAACUUUAAGAAUCUUUGGAUAGAAGAAAAGUAUCAAACUCUGACAGCCAUCUCUAAGGAUCUUCUCCAGAGUAAUGCAAUGUGCCCAAUACCAGUCUUUCAGAAUAUGGAUAGUGUAUUUAAAUCUUAUCCUUUAAACAUUUUGAUUCCUAUUAUUUUGAAUGAAACAGACUUGAAGUCACAAAAUUUCUCUGGCAGUUCAUUGGACUGGAAUAGGUGGCCUUUGUCUACUGCCAAUCUACUGCCAACUGUUCCCCAGUGGAAUGCCAGUAUAUAUGAAUUGGUACAGAUGGUCCAAAAUGCCUCCAACCAGCCUGAAUUGAGACAUUUCUCAAGAGUCUGGAAGAGCAUUGGCAAUCUGAUGAUUACCAAAUGGAACCUGACAGAAGUGGAUUCCAGUGUGAAACUAUUGGAAAUGUUGAAAAAAACUCUCAAUGUUGUUGACAUUGGAUUAGUGCCCAGAAAAGCAAAAGCAGAUCAGUUCCUUCAUAACUCUAGCCUGGGAAUGAAACCCUCAGAUUUGGAAGGUAUAUUUAAUUUGUUAAAACUCUUCCUCAACUCAACAUCUGCCACAAACAACAAACCUGACUUGGAGAGGAUAUUUAAAAGAUUUGCCCCACCAAAUGAGAUCCCCACUGAAAGACUUUUUUAUACUAAUUCCUAUUCAGAGGAAACACAACGUUUUUUUAACUUAACUAGAGUAAUUUGGUAUAAACUCAUUUUAAAUAAAGAGUUUUUAUCCCUCCAAAAGCUCCUUGCUACCAUGGCAAAGGUGAACAUAACUCAGCAUUAUCUAUUGAUCUCUUCCCUGCCUAAACUAAUGCAGCGUAUUCAAAAUUCCACUGAUGGAGCUCAGUGGAAUGAUCUCAACAGCUACUGGCACAUUGCUGAAAUACUGCAGUCCAUGAAAUGGAGCAGCACCGGUGUGAUUGCCUACAAGUCACUUUUAGAUGCAUUGCAAAAACAUUUACAUACAGUGAAAAAUGGCUCAGGUCUUCUUUUUAGUAACGAAUUGGAGCAGUUGAUAAAACUUGCAUCCCAAGAGUAUGGUGGAGAAGACGACAGAGAAGCCAAUGUCUCAAAAUAUUUGCAAGCAGUACAAAGGAGUAUAUUCAUUAUAAACGACUUGCAACAAAAGUUUAAUAUCAGUGAAUUGGAAACUAUUAAUCGGUGGAUGAAUUUUGACAAUUACUCCACCCAGAGAUUGCUUGAAAUAUUGAGGGUGGGAAUGAAAAUCCUUUCUGAUGCCAGAUUGAGCGAAGCAUCCAAUAAAGAAAAAAUUGAUGCUGUCUAUAAUUUCUCACACCUGCUACUUCAGAAGGAAUUUAACAAGACUUCCUUACAGCACAGUACUUCAUUAGAAGCAAAAGUGUUGGAUCUCUUGCAUUUAGCCUUGAGUCCCUUCGUGAAGGAAGGUAACAAUGACAAAGAAAAGCCACAGAACUGCUCUGUCCAUGACAUUUUUUACAUAACACUUCAGAUGCUGUUUAAAAAUGCCACUCUAAGUGAGUCCUUACCAGGAAGCCAUUGCAAAUUCCUGUUUGCUUCCAUGGACAUUCAGACCAGAACACUGGAAAAUCAAACAUUUACUGAAUUGUUUCAGCUUGCAAUAAAAAACCUAGAGCAGACUCCGGAAUUUGCUAGCAUCUUCAAGAACAAUAGUGAAUAUUUUUCAAGGGCACUGUUGUGUAUCAUCCAGUCAUUACAGUUUUCUUCUAGUUUUCUUUCAAACUUAAAUACUGUCUCUCACUUUAAGAAUCCUUGGAUAGAAGGAAAGUAUCAAACCCUGACAGCCGUCUCUAAGGAGCUGCCCCAGAGUAAUACAACAUGCCUACCACCAGCUUUUCAGAGUAUGGAGAGAGUAUUUAAUUCUCAUCCUUUAAGCAGUUUGAUUGUUUUUAUUUUGAAUGAGAUGGCCAUGAAUUCACAAAAUUUCUCUAGCAGCUCAGUGGAUUGGAAGAACUUGUUCAUUCUCUUCAGUGACGUGCAGGCUGAUGUCCUGCGGAACUCCAGAGUGUAUGAACUGCUACUGAUGGUGCAAAGUGCCUCCCGCCUUUCUGAAGAGAAUAAUUUCUCCAGAGUCUGGGGAGCAGUUGACAACUUGCUAAGCACCAAAUGGAACCUGACCGAAGCGGCAGGAUAUGUGAAGCUGCUGGAAGUGAUGAAGAGGGAUCUGGCUGACCGUGAAUUAGUUUCAGGAAUAAUAGAAGCUGAUCAUUAUGGUCCUAAGAAACUGAACUCUUCUGAUCUACCAAUCUUAUUGAAAAUGGACCUCAAUCCAGAGUCUGGCCCUGCCAGAGCUGACUUUGAUACUGUAUUGGACAAUGUUGCUCAUCCUUUCAGUGUUAUGGCAGAAACUCUUUUCAAUAAGAUCCUGACUUGGAAUGAAGGAGAACAAACCCUGUCUCCUAACAGUUUGGUUGCACAGUUUCUGCUUUUAGAAUUGGAAAACGCCAUCUUACAGGUGUCAGCCGAUAACAUUUACAAACCUUACUUGAUCUGUUUAAUGAAUGUGAGUGGAAGUCAAGACAAUGAGUUGACAGAAAACAUAACACUUCUUCUGAACCACGCUCAGCUAAAAGAAGCUGCUUUCACUCAAAACAACACCUAUGAGAAACAUGCAUCUAUUCCAGAGAUCCUACGGUUCAAAACAUCUCGCUUCCGAAGCAUGAUAAAACUUCUUUGUGACUACAAGAGCUUUAAAUCACUGCAGCGUAUCUGUCAGCUCCCUACUGUUAGCUUUGAAGCACUGUGUGAACAAAGUCAAUUUCAAGAGCAGCUCCUUCGCAGCGCCGAGUUAAGCAAUCACCUUGUGACAGAUGUAGUUAAUCACAACAGGGUCCUUCGAGAACUUCGGGAUGUAGUGAUUGGGGAUCCCGCCAAAAUCCAGUCACAAAUUAAUUGGAUUCAAGAAAAUGUGCCGCAAAUUGAUUAUUUUCAAGAUAUCCCUCGGUAUAUGGCUAUAAUGAGUUCCAUGAUGAAUACCACUGAGAAUGCAACAGUUUCAAAAAAGAAAGAAAUGUUAAUGGCUGUGUUUAAAAAUGUUGACCAGCUCAAAGAGGAGCUCAGAAAUGAAGCAGGAAUGUCCACAGCAAGUAUCAAAGCUCUGAUGGAAAUGCCUCUCCCAGAAAACAUAACUCAGCUCGUUUCUCAGAUUCUCCGGCUGGAGUCGUGUGACGUCCAUUCCAUCGACCCAAAGCUAGACGCAGUAGUAAAGGAGUUCUGCCACCUGUCACUCCCAGAAAGGACCCACCAAUCUUACAUCCUGGGGGUCAUAUUCUUACGUCACUUAGACGUUUACAACUUUCUGUACAAGAUGUUUUUCCCCAAAGAACUGCAGAAAUCAAUGGACAAGAUGUUAGGCCUCCUCAAAGAGAUGGAACAUUUCAGGAACCAGGUGGCGUCUGGCAUGCAUCCACUGCUAGAAGCAAUUAAUUCAUUCAAAAAGCUACGGCAGUCUAGAAAUGUGCCCCUCUCCAAGGCAUUGUUGAAAACAACUAACAUAACAGUAACUCAUGGAUCAUUUAAGUCCAUUUCGAAAGCUCUCUGCAAUGAGGAAAUCACACCCUUGUUUUUUGAAUCUUUGCUGCCUGAUUUUGGAGCUCCAAAAAGACCUAGUUCUUCUACCCAGGAUGAAAAUGUACAGAAAAUGAUGAGGAAAUAUGGCAUUCCCCAGGAUCCCACGCCAUUCUGCUUAUCAUUUUAUCUGGAUUUGGUUAGUACCUCUACUGGAGCUUUAAUAUGGUCUUUCCUCAAGCCUAUGCUGUUUGGGAAGAUUCUGUAUACACCAGACACCCCAGAAACUCGAGCAAUCAUGGAAAAGUCUAAUGCAACCCUGAAGCAAAUGGCUGAUCUAAUGCAGAAGUCCCAGGAAUGGCUGGACAAGUCACCAUUGAUCAUGAAUUCACUGACUACGUUAAACCAAACAAUUCCAGUUGUCAAGACUACCCUGCAGAAUCCAUUCAUGCAAGUUUUUAUCAAACUCAUGGUGAGGCUGGAUGCUAUCGAACUGCUGAGCCAAAUAAAUGAACUGGAUGAUAUAAGGUUGGAACUGCAGAACAACGCCGACAUCAUCAAUCAACUGAACACAUUAUCUACCCUGGCAGUAAAUGUAUCCUCCUGUGUGUCGUUUGAUCGCAUUCAGGUGGCAAAAACCAGAGAGGAGCUGGAAAUGGUAGCUAAAGACCUUUUUUUGAGGAAUGAACUUUUUGGAAGUGUCAUUUUCAAGCUACCAUCAAGCAGUAGCAGCCAGAGGAGAGCAACUCCCGGCAGUCUCUCCCUUCCUCCACUGGUCAAUUAUACCAUCCGAAUGAGCAGCAGGAUUUCCCAAACAACAAAUAGGAUCAGGGAGAGGAUCUGGACCGUGGGCCCACAUAAUUCAGCCUCGCAGAGCCAGAUCUACAGCCGAGCCUUUAUCUAUAUCCAGGACAGUAUCGAGAGAGCAAUCAUUGAGCUGCAGACGGGGAAGAGUCCAGAGGAAAUCGCUGUUCAAGUCCAGGCCACUCCCUACCCCUGCUACAAUAAGGAUAUGUUCUUAAGCAGUGUGACCUACUCUCUUCCAUUUGCUCUGAUGGCUGCCUGGUCGCUGUUUAUAGCUGCUUUUGUGAAAAAGCUUGUUCAAGAGAAAGAUCUAAGGCUUUAUGAGUACAUGAAGAUGAUGGGUGUUAACUCCAGCAGCCAUUUCAUUGCCUGGUUCAUUGAAAGCGCCACCUUCCUUCUAAUCACAGUCACGUUUCUCAUCAUUAUACUGAAAGCUGGCAACAUCCUGCCCAAAAUCAAUGUGGUGAUCCUGUUCCUGUACCUCAUGGACUACAGCCUCUCCAUCAUAGCCAUGUGCUACCUCAUCAGUGUCUUCUUCAACAACACCAACAUUGCCGCCUUGGUUGGCAGCCUUAUCUACAGCCUCACCUUUUCUCCCUUCAUUGUGCUGCUGGUAAUUGAGAAUCAUUUGAGCUUCUCAGUGAAGAGUCUGCUGAGCCUGUUGUCCCCAACUGCAUUCAGUUAUGCAAGUCAGUACAUUGCUCGUUAUGAGGAACAGGGCAUAGGCCUGCAAUGGGACAAUAUGUAUAGCUCACCAAUGACUGGCGACAAUACUUCUUUUGGCUGGAUGUGCUGGCUAAUUCUGAUAGACUCUUUCAUCUAUUUCAUCCUGGGCUGGUACAUUAGGAAUGUUUUCCCAGGAAAAUAUGGCAUGGCUGCCCCGUGGUAUUUCCCAUUGCUCCCAUCCUACUGGGCCGAACGCUACGGUUACAUACCGUUAUGGAAUGAGAAAAGAUGCAGUCUCCUCUUCACCAAACUCUUGCUAAGGAAAGAGGCUGCAUUCACCAAUAAGAUGUAUGUCAAAAGUGCCCUUCCUCCUAACCUCGAGCCUGAACCCCCCAACCUCACCGUGGGAGUUUCUCUUCAUGGAAUAACAAAGACCUAUGGCUCCAAAGCUGCAGUUGAGAACCUCAGCCUGAACUUCUAUGAAGAAAACAUCACCUCCUUGCUGGGGCACAAUGGAGCUGGAAAAACAACGACAAUAUCUAUUUUGACAGGGCUGUUUCCUGCCUCAUCAGGCACGAUAUUUGUUUAUGGCAAAGAUAUCAGGACCGAUCAGGACCUCAUCAGGAAGAACAUGGGUGUCUGUAUGCAGCACAACGUGCUAUUUAGUUACCUCACUGCCAAGGAACAUUUGCUGCUCUACGGCUACAUCAAAGUCCCUCACUGGAGUGAGCAGGAGCUGGAUGAGGAAGUGAAAAGGACUUUGAAGGAUACUGGCUUGUACAACCAUCGUCACAAACUAACUGGCUCCCUGUCAGGAGGGAUGAAAAGAAAGCUGUCUAUAGCUAUAGCUUUCCUUGGUGGAUCAAGGGUCGUGAUCUUGGAUGAACCAACCACUGGUGUUGAUCCAUGCUCUCGGAGGAGUAUUUGGGAGAUUAUAUCAAAAAAUAAAAAAGGCCGAACAAUUAUUCUUUCUACCCAUCACUUGGAUGAAGCAGAAGUUUUGAGUGACCGAAUCGCAUUCCUGGAACAUGGAGGACUCAAAUGCUGUGGGUCUCCAUUCUACCUCAAAGAAACGUUCGGUGAUGGAUACCACCUGACUCUCACUAAGAAGAAGUGUACAAACCAGGCCCUGACAGAGGAGUACGAUACCUCAGUAGUGACCUCCCUGAUCCAGUCACACCUCCCAGAAGCUUAUCUCAAGGAAGAUGUUGGUGGAGAGCUUGUGUAUGUGCUUCCGCCAUUCAACUCCAGAGUCUCUGGAGCGUAUCAAUCUCUCCUGAGGGCUCUAGAUACCGGCUUGAGUGGUCUCCACAUUGGUUGCUAUGGGAUUUCCGACACCACCGUGGAAGAGGUAUUUCUUAACCUGACUAAAGACCUGGAGAAAGACAAACAGCAUGAUCCUGGAUUGUCCCAAGAGGUGCCUGCGCCCAGUGGACUAAUGGACAGCAAGGAGAUGUCUCUGAGCACUGAUAGCUUCACUGAAAGAGAUGACCAAGCCCUGGUCAGAUCAAAAAGGGUGACCGGUUUGCCACUGCUGCUCAAGAAGACAACGGCUGUUUUCAUUAAGAGGUUCCACCACACCCGACGGAACUUGAAAGGCUUUUUUACUCAGGGCAUCCUACCCGUGAUCUUUGUGACGGUGGCCAUGGGCCUCAGCACAUUGAGAACUGAGGUGGCUGAAUACCCAGAACUCCACCUUUCUCCAUCCCUGUAUGGUUCCUCAGGGCAGGCAGAUUUCUUUGGGAACUUUAAUGAGACCACAGAUGCUUUAGUUGCUUCGAUGCUUUCUUUCCCUGGAACAGAUAACACAUGCUUGAAUGAAAGCAAUUCGGUGUGUUUGAACGACAGCAUGCUUGGCCAGUGGGUAUUCCAUGGAAACCAGAGUACUAGAUAUUCUGCAUGCAACUGCACAGACAGCAGCCAGACGUGUCCAAAGAUUGACUUCUCCCCACCUCACAAAAGAACUUUUUCCUCUCGGAUGAUUUAUAAUCUUACUGGGCAUGAUGUGGAAAUGUACCUUCUAGCAACUGCCAAAGAUUUCCUCCAGAAAAGAUAUGGCGGCUGGAGCUUUGGGUUGCCUUUGACUACUGACCUCAAGUUUGAUAUACGCCCAGUGCCUGCAAACAGAACACUAACUAAGGUGUGGUAUAAUCCAGAGGGGUAUCACAGCCUUCCAGCCUACCUCAACAGCCUCAACAACUUCAUUCUUAGAGCGAACAUGCCGAAAAACGAGUCUUCCAAAUACGGUAUUUCCGUUGUGAGUCAUCCCUAUCCCGGAGGACAGAGUAAAGAACAAGUCAUGCUCAGUAGCUUGCUUGAUAUCUUAGUCUCAAUGUCUGUCCUGAUUGGCUACUCCAUCACAACAGCCAGCUUUGUGCUUUAUGUGGUAAAAGAACAUCAAACCAAAGCUAAGCAACUGCAGCAUAUUUCAGGCAUCGGUGUGACAAGCUAUUGGGUGACCAACUUCAUCUACGACCUGGUUCUUUUUAUGGUCCCGGUUGCCCUCUCAAUAGGAGUUAUUUCAGCUUUCCAAAUACCUGCUUUCUUCAACGAUAAUAACCUAGUGGCUGUAUUUCUUUUGAUGAUGAUGUUCGGAUACGCAACGUUUUCAUGGAUGUACUUGCUGGCUGGGAUCUUCAAGGAAACAGGAAUGGCCUUCAUAGUUUAUGUCAGCAUCAACUUGUCCUUUAGCAUUAAUACCAUCAUUACUCACUCGGUUGUGUUUCUACUGGCCCAAGAAAAGGCUACUGAUCAGGGCUUGCAUGAUCUCGCUGAAAUCUUGAGGCGUGUUUUCCUAAUCUCUCCACAAUUCUGCUUUGGAUAUGGCUUGAUUGAAUUGUCUCAGCACCAGGCGCUGAUGGGCUUCUUAAAAGCCUACGGAGUGGAUUACCCUGACAGAACCUUUGAGAUGGACAGAAUAAGCUCCAAGCUGCUUGGCAUGUUUAUCCAGGGCACUAUAUUCUUUGCAAUUCGGCUCUUAAUGCAUGACGGGAUGAUUCAGAAAGUCUGGUCUAGUAUAUUAGAAUUCCUGUUCGACAAAGUGCAUGGCAGGCUACCGCUUCUGCUGGAGGCAGCUGAUGAAGACAAAGAUGUUCAGGCUGAGAGGGAGCGGGUUGAGUCUGGCCAAGCAGAUGUCGACAUGGUACAACUCCAGAGCCUCACCAAGAUCUACCAUCUUCCUCUCAGAAGGAUCAUGGCAGUCAAAAAUGUCAGCAUUGGAAUCCCAGCAGGAGAGUGCUUCGGGCUGCUUGGCGUGAACGGCGCCGGAAAGACAACAAUCUUUAAAAUGCUAACAGGAGACAUCGGGGCUACCAGUGGAAGACUGAGAGUCCGGGAUCAAACUGGAUCCCUGAGUGACAUUGAUGACACCCACUGGUCGCUCUUUGGCUACUGCCCUCAAGAAGAUGCCUUGGAUGACUUGCUGACGGUGGAAGAGCACAUGUAUUACUAUGCUCGGCUACACGGCAUCCCAGAGAAACAGAUUAAAGGAAUUGUACAUCAGCUUCUUCAUAGACUUAAUCUGAUGCCGUACAAAGACAGAGUCACCUCAAUGUGCAGCUAUGGCACUAACAGAAAGUUAUCAACUGCUCUGGCCCUCAUUGGUAAUCCAUCAAUUCUAUUGCUGGAUGAACCAAGCUCUGGAAUGGAUCCUAAUGCUAAACGACACCUUUGGAAAAUCAUCUCUGAGGAAGUACAGAACCAAUGUUCAGUGAUACUCACUUCCCACAGCAUGGAAGAAUGUGAAGCUCUCUGUACCAGGCUGGCUAUUAUGGUGAAUGGACGUUUCCAGUGCCUUGGCUCUUUGCAGCAUAUUAAGAGCAGGUUUGGAAGAGGAUUCACCGUGAAGAUGCACUUGAUGAGCAGCGCGGUCAGCACGGAGGCUCUGACGGAGUUAAUGCAGUCCCACUUUCCAAAUACAUGCCUGAAGGACCGGCAUCUCAAUACAGUAGAAUAUCACGUGCCCAUCUCCGCAGGAGGAGUAGCAAACAUAUUUGAUCUUCUGGAAACCAACAAAAUCGCCUUCAAAAUCAGGCACUUCUCAGUGAGUCAAACCACUCUAGAGGAGGUUUUCAUCAACUUUGCCAAAGAUCAGACUGGGGCUGACAGCGCAGAUGCGAGUACAGAUGUUGGCUCAGACUGCUCGGAUACAAGUAGCCAAGAUACCAACAUAAAUGCCACCUGUUAAAGGGAUAUUGCGGCGUUAAAAAAAAAUCAUAUUUUUCUAAACGAUGGGGUUUUUUUACUUAUUUUGUUAUUAGCAACCUGGUAAACACGUAAACCUGGUGUAUCAGAUUGGUCUUGCCCCAGUCGUACAGUUCUUGUUCUAGGUUUAUUUUAUAUCUAUAUUGCAAAGUUGGUGACAUCUCCUGACACUUGCUGUUCAAAUACUCUGGAAACUCUUCGCCAUUGGCUGUCACCAAGAAGACCAGUGGGGGAUAUAGUGGAACAGUUGCUCUGGAGUCAGGGACAUAAGUGAGGAGGACGGGACAGUCCUUCGGAUGCUAGCUGGGCUCUCAGGAAACCCGGGGUUCAAUUUCCUGCUUUGCCACAGACUUCCUAUGGGACCUUGAGCAAAUCACUUGAAAUGUCAGUCAAAUGGAGGUUUAACAACACUUCCCUGCCCCCCAGAGGUGUUGUGAGUCUGGAUACGUCAAAGGUGGUGAUACUCCAGCAGUGGGGUCCAUCUUAGAUAGCUAUGUAAAGCUUUUCUCUGCGUGUGGAUUA